AUGUCGACUCUCUUGCUUUUCUUCUGUAUUGUCAUUCUCCAAGUGAGCACAAGCAAUCGUGUUCUUGCAGAUGACGAUGCUAUUGAAUCGAGGCGUUUCGGAUUAUUCGGUGGUUUUCGUCCUCCUCCUAUAAUAAUACGGCCUCCACCACCACCACCGCCACCGCCACAACCAGUUCCACGUCCGCCACCGCCACCACCACAACCAGUUCCACGUCCGCCACCACCACAACCAGUUGCACGCCCGCCACCACCCCAACCAGUUCCACGUCCGUCGCCACCAGUGCCAGUCCCACGUCCGCCGCCAUCACCAUCUUCGAAACCUAACCCACCCACUCCGUCUAUUUACGGACCCACACAACCAUCACGAGUGUCACCAAUGAGAUCGCCUGCUACUGUGCCAACACCUAUUCGUCCUCCUACACCAAGUCCAUCGCAAUCUUUGACUACAAAGCAGCGCGAACCCACUGAUACCCCGGAUGAACCUGAAUUGCCCGACUUUCCUGAUCUACCAGAUAUCGGAGGCAACGGUGGCAAUGGUGGCAAUGGCGGCAAUGGGGAUAACGGUGGCAAUGGGGAUAACGGUGGCAAUGGGGACAACGGCAGCAAUGAUCUGACUACCACGACAGCAGGCUCAACGACAACAAUUAUCGCGGCAGCAGACUCGACGAUUACAGCGUCAACGACAGCAGACUCGACGACUACAGCGUCAAUGACAGCAGACUCGACGACAACAGAGUCAACGGCAGCAGACUCAACGACACCAGAGUCAACGGCAGCAGACUCGACGACUACAGCGUCAAUAACAGCAGACUCGACGACCACAGAGUCAACGGCAGCAGACUCGACGACUAUAGCGUCAACGAUAGCAGACUCAACGCCAAUAGAGUCAACAGCGGUAGACUCAACAACGACAAUUGCCACGACAGCAGACUCAACGGUAGCAUUGAACAGUGGCCGGCGACGUCGUCAUUCGAUGCUUAAUUCAAUAGUAAGCACUGUUUGUUAA